GCGUCACUCUGCUGUUCAGACUGACUGACAGUCGACAUCCAGACAACAUGAAGGCUUCAUCUGUGUCUCUGCUGCUCGGUGUGUCUGUGCUGCUGCUGUCUGGACUGACUGAUUCUGCAGAUUCUCAGGUUAUUCUGGAGAUUCCUGAACUUCCUGUGGUGGCAGGAAGUGAUGUCACUCUGCGCUGUAGAACCAAAGAUCAGGUCGCACUUGAAGCCUUUUUCAUCAGGAAUGGUUCUAAACUUGGAUCUGGACCUGAAGGACAGUUUACCAUCAGGAACAUCAGUCAGUCUGAUGAAGGUCUCUACUGGUGUUAUUUUGAUCAGACUGCUGAAUCUCCUCGGAGAUGGCUGAGUGUCAGAGGUCCUACUGCCCCUUCAACUUCUACUUGUACAUCCGCUCCUCCUUUUCCUUCUUCUUCUUCUCCUCCUCCUCCUCCUCCUCCUCCUCCUCCUCCUCCUCCUCCUCCUCCUCCUCCUCUCCUUUCUCCUCCCCAGCUUCCCCCCCUCUUCUCCUCCACUUGGUGCAGCUGUGGGUUCUCUGGUUCUUCUGGUUCUUCUGGUUCUGGUCCUGGUCGGAGUUCUGUUGCUCCGCAGGAAUCAAACAGAUGCUGUCAGAUCUGCUCAAAGGAAACACACUGCAGGUCUGGCUGUGCUGACUGCUGCAGGUGCGGCUGUGUUGCUGAGUGGACUGCUUGUUUCUGCAGCUGGACGCUCCCCUCCUCUCCUGGUCUUCUGGGUCACAGCGACUACAACAGCACAGAGGAUCACCAGCAGACCACUGAGCAGUGA